AUGGGUACUCCAGGGAAAGCAGCCGAGCUGCAGAGCACGCGACAUCCGCUGCAGCGAUUCGAGGCCCCUUCCAAGGGGUUCUCGGGUGCCUUGCACUCAACAUCCUACGGCUGGCACCUCCAAUUCCUAACCAUAAUCGGCCUGGCCCUGAGCACGCUAACCUUCCUCCUCGCCCUCCUCUCCGACCUGACCAGCGCCACACCCCCCUCACCCCCCACCUCUCUCUCGACACACCUCUUCGCGGCAAAGAACGCCCUGUCGUCUGUCGCCACCCCGCUCGCGCUCACCAUCAGCACGCUGUACUGGCCACUGCGCCUCGCCGCGCUGCAUCUCGUGCUGCCGCCCGGCAUGCCGCUGCCGCCGCUGCACGCGGAUCUGGGGUUCCACGCGGUGCCCGCGGGGGCGCUGGUGCUGGAUGCGGUGGCGUUGAGUCCGCCGGGGGAAUGGGGCGCUGGGGCAAGGUUGGCGGGGUGUGGGGUUGUGGCGGGCGCGUAUUGGGUGUGGAUUGAUAUGUGCUAUGCGAAGAACGGGUUUUAUCCGUAUCCGCUUUUUGAGGUGCUGGGGACGGGGCAGCGGGUGCUGUUGUUUGGGGCGGCGGCGGCGACGAUGUGGGCGGUUGGGGGCGUGGUGAGCGCGGUGUAUGCGUGGGUUAAUGGGUAUGAGGUGUCGGAGGCGGAGAUGAAGGUACGGAGGGCGCAGAUGAUGGGUCAGAAUGGUAAGUGGGAGUGA